GGAGCCGUUGCUUAUCUUUUGUUUCUUAGGGCCCCCAUAGAAAAUAAUCAUAAUCAUAGCCGAUUUUCGAUAAGAUUGAUGCCAUUAUGAGCGCACGAAAUCUUUUGCUACUUUCCUCCUCGCGGCUAUAUGGCCAUGGGUAUUUGGAGCAUGCCCGCAGCCAACUAGAGGAUCUGUUCAAAUCCAAGAAUGUGAAGACUGUUCUGUUUGUUCCUUUUGCUUUGCGGGAUUACGAUAAAUACACGGCAACUGUACGCAAUGCCCUUGAACCAUGGGGAUAUGCCGUUGAGGGUCUGCACACAAAAGCAGAUCCCUCCAAGGCAUUGAGCGAAGCUCAGGCCAUAUUUGUGGGCGGCGGCAACACAUUUGUUCUACUCCGCACCCUUUAUGAACUUCAACUAAUUGAGCCCAUACGCAAACUGGUCCUAAAUCAAGGAAUACCCUACAUAGGAAGCAGUGCUGGCACCAAUGUGGCCACACGUUCCAUCCACACCACCAAUGACAUGCCGGUGGUAUAUCCACCCAGUUUUAAUGCACUGGCCCUGGUGCCGUUCAAUAUAAAUCCGCAUUAUCUUGAACCAGAUGCCAAUACCCAUCAUAAGGGCGAAACUCGCGAUGAGCGUAUUGAGGAAUUUGUGGCUUAUCAUGAACUUCCCGUAUUGGGUCUGCGUGAGGGAACCAGUGUGCGAGUUGUGGGCAAUCAUGCCCAGCUGUUGGGCAAACUGCCAGCCAAAUUGUUUAAGGGAAACGGCAGCACUGAAGAAUUUGCACCGGAAUCGGAUUUAAGUUUCCUUCUUCAAAUUGAUUAACCAAAGAUGUAACUAACAGUAUAUUUUUUUUUUUUAUAUAUUUUUGUAUUAUCUAUGCGAUAUAAAACUUGCGAAAAAGUUAUAGAUUUUUCUUAUUAUAAAAAUGGAUUUUUGAAUCGUA